AUGCAGCGGUGCAACUGCAGUGAAGAAGAUUGUGACGCGGAACGCUUGUGGACCGAUUUUGUCGCUGCCGCGACGAGCAUCGCCCUUUUGCAACUGCAACCCAGCCCAAAAGGCUUCCAAUCGGCCGCCGCGGCGACUACGCUCCUCUACAAGAACAGUGUCGACAGCCACCGCAAAGCCUUCGAUCGUGGAUUCGAGGAGGGCCGCCGUUCGAUUGCCAAGGAACUCUACAACAUGUACGGCGGAAAAAUUGAUGUCAAGCGACUCGUUGAGCUGCUACACAAUGGCCCCGGCGGCGACAAGGACCAUAGGCGCAACAGCCCGGGCCGGCACAGCAUUGUCAGCGGAGACGAAGAAGCCGCCCUGCAGUUUUUCAUCCAGGCCCUCCCCGCCCUCGGCGGCUCCCCGGCCCGCGGCCAGACCGCCAACUCGUCGGAACUGAAGGGCUUCCUGACGUCCCAGCUCGCUCGAAGGAAACGCUCGCGGUCCCCGUCUUCCCCGUCGUCGCACGCCUUCAAGAAGACGCGCAAGAUG